AUGCUAGCUCUAGAUGCUAACUCAGAUGCUAACUCAGAUGCUAUUUCAGAUGCAAACCCAGAUGCUAACUCAGAUGCUAACUCAGAUGCUAACUCAGAUGCUAACUCAGAUGCUAACUCAGAUGCUAACUCAGAUGCUAACUCAGAUGCUAACUCAAAUGCUAACCCAGAUGCUAGCUCAGAUGCUAACUCGGAUGCUAACUCAGAUGCUAACUCAGAUGCUAACUCAGAUGCUAACUCAGAUGCUAACUCAGAUGCUAACUCAGAUGCUAACUCAGAUGCUAACUCAGAUGCUAACUCAGAUGCUAACUCAGAUGCUAACCCAGAUGCUAACUCAGAUGCUAACCCAGAUGCUAACCCAGAUGCUAACUCAGAUGCUAACUCAGAUGCUAACUCAGAUGCUAACUCAGAUGCUAACUCAGAUGCUAACUCAGAUGCUAACUCAGAUGCUAACCCAGAUGCUAACUCAGAUGCUAACUCAGAUGCUAACUCAGAUGCUAACUCAGAUGCUAACUCAGAUGCUAACUCAGAUGCUAACUCAGAUGCUAACUCAGAUGCUAACUCAGAUGCUAACCCAGAUGCUAACUCAGAUGCUAACUCAGAUGCUAACUCAGAUGCUAACUCAGAUGCUAACUCAGAUGCUAAAUCAGAUGCUAACUCAGAUGCUAACUCAGAUGCUAACUCAGAUGCUAACUCAGAUGCUAACUCAGAUGCUAACUCAGAUGCUAACUCAGAUGCUAACUCAAAUGCUAACUCAGAUGCUAACUGUGUCUCAGGAUCCCGUCUGCGUCAGGAGGACUACCCGCCCCGCAUCAUGGAGCACCCCUCGGACCUGAUCGUGUCCAAGGGGGAGCCGGCCACGCUGAACUGCAAGGCCGAGGGGCGCCCCACCCCCACCGUGGAGUGGUACAAGGACGGCGAGCGCGUGGAGACGGACAAGGACGACCAGCGCUCUCACCGCAUGCUGCUGCAGGGGGGGUCUCUCUUCUUCCUGCGCAUCGUGCACGGGCGCCGGAGUAAACCCGACGAAGGAUCCUACGUCUGCGUCGCUCGCAACUAUCUGGGAGAAGCCGUCAGCCGCAACGCCUCGCUGGAAGUGGCAUGUGAGUGGACCAAUCAGAGAGGGGGGGCGGGGCUUAUCAAACUGUGGCACACACACACUUACUGA